CAGCGAUGCGUCCGAGAGCCGUGGAGCCUCUGUAAAGUUAAAGCAGAGGAAGAGGCAGCGGAGGCAAAGCAAAGUGAAGAAGAAGAAUUUAACGGUUCCCGGUUGUUGAACCGCUCCCGUCUCCACGGUGGCUUCCAAAUGGUUUUGGACUGUAUUGUACCACCAAUCAAGCGGUCAGCUGUUUCAUGAACUUCACCUAACUGACGCACCGCGAUGUUUUUCCAACGAGUAGCUAACGUUAUGUGUUGACAGCUUCCCUCAGUAACUUACGGAUUAUUACUGCGACCAAAGACCCGGAGUGAUGGAGGAGGGCUCUGAGGUGAUGGAGGAUAUUGUAUUUCGAGGAGUGGAGUUUUCUGUGAAGAUUGAGGUGGACAAGGGUUUGCUGAUAGUCGAAAUCUCUGACUCAAUGACAGCCGAUCAAUGGAGGGGGGACUUUGAUCCAGCAUACAUUGAGGACCUUACCCGCAAAACCGGCAACUUCAAGCAGUUCCCUAUUUUCUGCAGCAUGUUGGAAUCCGCUGUUAGAAAGAUGAGUGAUUCUGUUACACUUGACCUCUUGACCUAUUCUGACCUGGAACUGCUACGUAACCGAAAAGCUGGAGUGGUUAGUCGUCCUCGCGGCCAUCAGCAGUCAUCUCUUCUCACUGCAAAACGAUAUCUCAUCCUCAUAUACACUGUGGAGUUUGACAGGAUACACUACCCUUUACCCCUGCCCUAUGUGGGUAAGCCUGACCCGGCUGCCCUACAGAAGGAAGUCCGAGCUCUGAGGGCUGAGCUCAACACCAUCUCCUCUCAUGGAAUUAACAAAUCUGCAGAACUAGAAAUACAGCGGCUUCGAGCAGAGCUGGCUCUGGUCAAAGAAGAGAAGGAGUCCAUGGGCAAAGUUCUGGAGCGACUGCAGGUCAGUGGAAGUGGUCCCACGUCCGGACGAGAGGACUGGAGGGUCAGAGAUGUGGUGAGAACGCUGGAGGAGCAGCUUGUGAAGGAGAGGGCCAAAAGUCAACGCUCAGCAAGCAAGAGAUGCCAGGAGCAGCGACUCCUAAUGGAGCAGUUUGAGGAGCUGAGAGCAUCAGAGUGUGCUCUCCGUGUUCGUGUCAAGAAUCUCACCAGUGAACUGGCAUUGCUACGGAGAGGUAGAGUGACUCCUGUGUCCAGUCACAUUCGCUCUCGAGUUGAUGGGGAUACCUAUCGCUCGCUCUCCCGCGAGAGGAGGUCGGGGUACGGGACAGUCAGGGCUCGCUCGGGAUCCCGAGAACGGAUGGAGGACAGAGGGCAAAGGUCAGAGGAAAGAGGAAGAAGAGCAGACUCCUCGGGGCCGCGUGCUCGCAUACCCAGGCCGUCACCUUCUCCCACUGGGUCCCAGGUAGAACGCUUUGACCCAACUGCUUACAUCCGGGACAGACAGCGCAGACAGAAAGAGGCAGAUGUCAAAAAACAAAGAAAGGUACGGAGGGACAUGCUGGCAUCACCCGUUGUCUCUGAGAGGGGGCGUUCACGUUCCAGAGAGGCCUAUCCUCAGAUGGUCCGUUCUGGCAGCAGAGGCAGGAGUUUAUCGGUGGAGCGGAGAGGGAGCAGGAACUCCUCUGAAAGCUCAUUAGUGGACAUGGAUGAAAUGACCAAAACUUUGUUCAGAGCAAGAAAACAGACUUACAAUGGACCCAGUGUGUCUAGAGGAGGCCUUUUGACCAGGAAGCCAUUAUGCAGUACUCCAACCCACAGAAUGAAAGAUAAAGAGAGCUCCAUAGAUACAGGUGCUGAGCUGUCAGAGAUUGAUGCCAGGCUCCUGGCACUUCAGGAGUACAUGAGGGACCUGGAUACAGGACACUAACAACCCGCUGCACUCGUGAAUAUGUUACCUGACAACUGCACAGCUUGGAGCUGCUUUUUUUUUUUUUUUUU